AUAAAAAAACAAACGUUUGCAGAAUAUUUUUUUUUGCCAAAGGUGUUAUACGACGGAGGAAGAGGAGGGGGUUUCUCCUCCCUCGCCCCUUUGCUCUCUGGUCAGGACCCCAGAGGUCUGAAACGUGCAGCACUAGAGAGGUGAGCAAGAUGAAGCUGCUGCUGCUGGUUUUUCUGCUCUGCAUGGUCUUACUGACCACCUACACAGAUGCCAACCCCAUCAUCAAGGAGAGUUUCGCAAAGCAGCUGCUUCGCAGUAAGCGGCAGGAACGGCCCAGGAAGGCUGGCCACCCUGAUGAACCGAUGAGGGAGCAUCUGCUGCACAUGCAGGCUCUGGACCAGCGGGCCCAGGAGACCAACAUGGAGCACUGGCUCAACCCUCACUGCUACCCUCGCUGUGACAGGAACUACGGAUACCCUGUCUGAAUGGAUGGCUAUGAAAGUGAUGAAGCCCAAGACUGAUGCCUGGAACAUGAGGACCAUGUGACAUGAAGACGCAUUGACCCAUCUUAGCUAUAUUUACUCAGAUACAGUAUACAGUAUACUUGCAUGCCUGGAGACAAUGAUGUUUGUUCAGCACAUUGAUGAGGAA